GGCAGCUGCGCAGCCUCAGCAACACCCCGCAGAUCAGGGUAUUCCGCGGGACUACGCGGAUUUACUGGAGUUAUUUAUUUAAUUAAUGUUAUAUAAUAGUAACUGACAAGGCACACACACCCGUCCUCUACCGACAAAACGGACUCUAGCAAUGCACAGGACCGUUAAGAAACCUGCUGAAACAAACUGACCUGUGUACCUGAUAGCAAGAGAUAUUAAAGCAGAAACAGUGAGCAGACAAACACAUAACUGGAGUGUCAAAAUCAGGCCAAGUGGUGAAGAACCAGAAGAGUGGUAAGAAGAGCGACCUGGCCCGUGCCUCAGCCAUGGCAGACCCCAGCAUGACGUCCCCCUCAGAGGCCCCUCUGCGCUCCCCCAGGGCUGCGCCCCUUUCCCUCUCCUUCCCCUUCUUGAGGGAGGGCAGCCGUGUGUGGGAAAGGGGAGCGCCACCCCAGCCCCGGUCACUGCCCAGCCCACUGCCCACCAAACGCACCCGUACCUACUCAGCCACGGUGCGGGCCACCUCAGGGCCAGCGUUUAAGGGCGUGUGCAAGAGCUUCUGCAGGUCACAAGGUCAUGGCUUCAUCCGCCCCACCAAUGGCGGAGAUGACAUCUUUGUUCACAUCUCGGAUAUCGAGGGCGAGUAUGUCCCAGUAGAAGGAGAUGAGGUCACAUACAAAGUCUCCCGAAUCCCACCCAAAAACCUGAAGGUCCAGGCCGUGGAGGUGAAGAUCGUUCAUCUGAACCCAGGGACGAAGCAUGAGACCUGGUCUGGCCAGAUCAUCAGCCAGCUAGAGGAGAGCUAGGCUUCAGCGCUGGCCUGUUUGUCUACACUUGGGUACAGGGAGGGCUAGGGUGGGGAGGGUGAGGGGUCUGGCUAGGGCAGGCAGGGAUGGCCAACUGGUGCUGGAGAGUCUGUCUAAAUCAGGUGUACUACAGCUGGGCUGGAACAAAACCAUAGAUACACUGACUGGCUCCUCAGGACACAAGUUGGCCAACCGUGAACUAGGAUGUGGUUGGUACAGACUGGAUUGAUAAGUCAUAAAAGCAAGUAAGGAAGGAGAAUAUGUUCAACUUGAAGGUACUGGAAGUGGGUGAGGGGACAGAGCGGAGUGGUAGAGGAAAUAGAAUGAGAAAUCUGACACCAUUUUGAGGAGAAGCUUUACUAUUGGUGUGAAGUCAAAAUGAGGUUGGAGAGAAAAGAACUGAUGAAGGUUUAGAGUUACAGAAUCGGAAACGUCUGAUUGAGAGAGCAAGCGAGAAGAAGGGAGGGAGAGAGAUGGGCGUAAUGGGAGACAAAAAAAUGCAAGCAUGGACAUUGGAAGAAUUAUUUAUAUUUUACUGUGAAUGGAAAAGCCACUAUUAAUAAUUUCUCGAGGUACACAACCAUCUUUGUAUUUUUGCCUUUUAUUUAUAUAUAUUUAUUUGAUAAUUUUGUUUAGAUUUUUUUGUAUCCAUUAGUUUUGAGGUUACUGGAUUUAAGUUUUGGACAUUGUAGUCAAAAGAUUGCACUUAAAAACUUGAACUUCCAUUCCGAAAUACUGCCAAACCGACUACAACUCCCAUUAGGCUUUAUCAUGUAGCAAUUUGUAGUCCUGUUUGCAAAUUCUAACUCACCAUGAUGGUAUGCGCAAAUUACUAUAAGGUUUUUGAAACUCUUUCUGAAUCUAUUUUCUAUUGUCUGAGAGACACUGUAACACACUGUCAAUGGAAUUGAAAUACAUUUUAAUGUAUUUGUUUAAGUUCUGAUAUGGUCAUUUGAUUGUUACUGAACUGUUAUUCAUAUUUGUUUCAUGUCUGCCCAUUAUGUUUAGCAUUUCUCCAUAUCUAUGCUAUUUCUAUGCAUUUUUCUAUCCUUCCUUCUUACUCUUCUGGAGUGUUUUAUUUCAUAUUUUAGUUUAAGUUAAAAUGCCAGAUUUUCCAUUGGUCACAGUUCAGAGCAUUUUAUGUUAGACAAGCCACUGUGGCUAUAGUUUACCGUCAUUUCUAUGUGAGCCUUGAAAGAGCACUAAAAACAUUUUAUGAUUCACAAUUAUGGUGGCUGUUAUCCUUCUUUAGUAUUUAUCAGUUUAUCUUUGGAGUUAAGGGUGUACAAAGUAUGUGACAUUAGAAUGAUAUGCCUAUGUCUUAGUUAUACUUUCCAUCUGUUGUACAAAAAAGAAUGAGUCGCACUUGUCGCAAUGAUAUAAAAAAAAAAUUAUUACAAUGAACGUACAUACACAUAGUUCAAAUGAA